AUGCGAUCCCCGCUCACCUUCCUCGUGUCGGUCGUGCUCGCACUCGCACUCGUCGCUCAGGCCUCCGCACUCCCGCGCCUCCACGACGAUGCAGCUCCCAUCUACGCUCGCGCACCCGCACGCCUAGGCAGCAAGUGCACCUCGUCCGACUCGUGCCAGGACGCGAGCCUCUACUGCAGCUACUCGCGAUGCGACUACAAGCAAAAGAUCGGCGCCACCUGCUACAAGGACAUCGGCUGCAAGAGCAACAAGUGCUUCCAGUCGCACUGCGUCGCCACCGCACCCCGCCCAGCCGGGAGCUGGUGCAACGACAAGUCGCAGUGCACCUCGGCCUACUGCGCCGCAAACCAGUGCCGCGACAAGCAAGCCAACGGCGCGACCUGCACCAGCAACGACGUCUGCCAGAGCGCCACCUGCACCAACGGCCGCUGCGCCGCCCCCGGCGGAGGAGCAGGAGGAGGCAGCGCAGGCCCCAAGGCCAACGGCGCCGCUUGCACAAAGAGCACCGACUGCACGUCGGGCAACUGCGACCGCAGCAAGUGCGCUGCCAAGAAGCCCGACGGCUCGGCUUGCUACAAGGACGCUGGCUGCGUUUCGGGCAUCUGCGACCCCGUCAAGAAGACCUGCGGCAAGCCCGCCCCGCCUCCCCUUGCAGCCAACGGCGCCGCCUGCACCCAGAGCACCCAGUGCGCCUCUGCCAACUGCGAUCGUAGCAAGUGCGCCGCCAAGAAGCCGGACGGAUCCGCAUGCUACAAGGACGCCGGCUGCGUGAGCGGCAAGUGCGACCUGGUCAAGAAGACGUGCGGAUCGACGGCCACGCCUCCUCUCGCCGCCAAUGGAGCCUCCUGCACCAAGAGCACCGACUGCGCCUCUGCCAACUGCGACCGCAGCAAGUGCGCAGACAAGAAGGCCAACGGCGUCUCGUGCUACAAGGAUGCCGGCUGCAUCUCGGGCGUCUGCGACCUCGACAAGAAGGUGUGCGCCGCCACGCGCUCGCCUUCGACCACCGCCACCGCCACCACCACCACCGCCGCGCCCCAGGAGACGACGCCUACCACGCCCACCAACCCUCCUCCGGUGGUGCCGACGCCCGAGGGCACCAAGCUCGUCUCCAACGACUUUGAGAACGGCUCCCUCGGCAGCUUCCAGGCCACGGGCGACGUGAGCGUCGGGUCCGACCCGGCGCUUGCCCACAGCGGCGACGGCUACGUCAAGCUCGGCGCCACGCCCGGCAACCCGGCCACCAUCAGCCAGGCGCUGCCCGCCGAGCCGGCCGUGACCCCCUCCCGCCGCCGCCGCAGCGGACCGCUCAGCAAGAGGCAGGACGCCUCGUCGCUGCUCUUCGUCAGCUACUGGUACAGCAUCCAGACGUUCGCCACUGACGGCGGCAGCGGCGGCUCGGCCGCUACUUGCACCAUCUCGACGAUGCUCAACGGCCUCACGGUCUCGUCGACCACGGUGGGUCCGGACAGCCAAACGAAGCUGUACGUGCAGUCGGUCAUUUCGGGCUCGGGCGCGUCGACGUCGUUUGCCAUCUCGGUCGGCUGCUCGGCCGGCGCCAGCGCUUCGGUCCUCAUCGACGACAUGGCCGUCGUCCGCCGCUCCAUUGCCCCCGAGGUCACCUCGCCCGCGCCCGUCACGCCCUCGUCGACGGCCAGCUCGAGCGCCGCCACCCCGACCACGUCCGACGCAGCCGCCACGACCACGACGGCCGCAGACCCGGCCACCUCGGAUGCGGCGACCACCGCCACUGCCACUGCCACGACGACGACGACCACCGACGGCUCCGCGCCCACCUCCGCGCCUCCUCCCGCCACCGGCACGGACGGUAUGUACAUCCUCAAGGAUGGCAGCUUCGAGAGCGCCGACUCGCCCUGGUCGUUCCGCAACACCGUCGCCCGCCUUGUCGACGCCACCCGCCUCGUCGAUGCCAGCCAGGCCUACUCUGGCGAUGCCGCAGCCAAGUUCGCCAUCAGCGGCGGCCAGGCCAGCCAGAUCUCGCAGACGCUGACCUGGGUCCCCUCGCCCGCCGCCGGCGCUGGCGGUAUGGCCAAGCGCGAUGCGACCACGUACGACUUCGCCUUCCGCUACCGCCUCGAGAAGCUCGACAUCAAGCCCUACAAUGCCCACCUCGACGAGUGGACGUGUAGGCUCGAGUUCUACGUGGGCACCACCUUCUUCCAGCGCAUCACCUUUGACGGCUCCUACCAGGCCAAGGACAAGUUCGGCAUCAAUUACGGCUCCAACGGCGGCCAGGGCCUCAUGGGCGAGUACAAGCGGUACGUCAAGUCGUCGAUCAGCCUUCCCCCCGGCGGCGGCGCCGACAAGUACGUCGGCCUCUCCGCCAACUGCUCGCCCAACACCGGAGACAUGGUCCUCUACGUCGACGCCGUCGAGUUCCUGCCCACCGGCCAGCCCAGCGCCGUGACGCCCAACCCGAUCCAGUCGUGGCCCAUUGGAGGCAGCCCCACUGCCACUACCACGUCGACUGCGACCACGGCCACCACCACGACCGCUGCCACCAGCGCUAGCACUACGGCCACGACCACCUCGGACGCCCCGACGACUGCGCCCACCCCGCCCGCCGCACCGACCAGCUUCGUGCUGCCCAACGGCGGCUUCGAGAGCGGCGCGACGGGCUGGACUGGCCGCGACUUCUCCAUCUCGACCAACGCCCACACCGGCACCAACGCCAUGGCGCUGCACGGCAGCUACGAGGUCGACGCGCUCAUCUCGCAGCCCGUCACGCCCUCCACGGCUGCUGCCGGCCGCCGCCGUCGCCGAAGCGUGCGCUGGAUGAGGCGCCAGGACACGAGCGCAUCCGACUCCGCUGCCGAACCCGGCAGCGGCAGCGACACGGCCUCGACGACGUCGGCCACGUCGUACCGCGUCAGCCUGUGGUACCGCGUGCUCAGCAUCACGGCCGCCCACAGCCCGCCGCAGGACAACGAGGCGUGCCAGAUCAUGUUCUCGAGCUCCAAGUCCAAGGACACCGCCGUGCCCAUCGCCACGCUCAGCUCCGAGGCUGGCUACGGCACCACGCCCGCCGAUGGCUGGCGCUUCGCCGUCAGCGACCCCUUCACCUUCCCGGCCUCGACGCCCGCCGUCACCCUCUUCAACAGCUGCGGCUACAAGAUCGACAGCGUCGAGAUCCUCAUCGACGACAUCGUCCUCACCAAGGACGGCGAUGCGCUGCCGUCGGUCCCCGAGACGACGGCCACCGCCACGGCGACGACCACGGCCACCACCUCGACUGCCACGUCGACCGGCCCCACGAGCGUCCCCACGCCCCGCGCCCCCGAGUCGCCCGAGGGCCUGUCGGGCACGCCGCCGCCCAUGUUCAGCAACAACAUCGCCGCCGACCCGAGCUUCGAGCGCAGCGAUGGCAGCUGGGACAUCUCGUCGGGCGUCGUCAUGACCUCGCUGGGCUUCUACUCCCAGGACGAGGACAAGCACCUCCUCAUGGUCGAGACGCCCACCGACGGCCCGCACGCCAAGUUUGCCCGCCAGACGCUCAGGUACACGCCCGAACCGGGCGCCAUCGCGCUCGAGGCCUCGGCGCAGAUGUGGUACAACAUCGACAGCUACUCGGCGCCCGACGGCGUCACCGACGGAGAGUGCAAGAUCGAGCUCAACAUUGGCUCCAAGAGCGUCUUCCGCAUCUUCUACUGGUCCAAGCCCGACGUCGGCUUCUACAAGUGGGUCGGAGGCACCGUCCGCCUCGACGAUCCCUCGCAGCCCGUCGAGGUUGUCGUCGUCCUCAUGUGCGACGACCGCGUCAGCUCCGACGUCGUCGUCGACAGCCUCGAGGCGUCGCUCAAGUCCAUCAUGCCCGGCCCCUCGGACCCGACCACGCCCCGCGCCCCCGAGACCACCGUCGGCGGCUCCACCGACGUCCCCGACAUCCAGGUCAACCUCCUCCAGGACGGCGGCUUCGAGGGCGACAACUCCAGGUGGGGCGCGUUUGUUGACCCGUCCAAGGCCGUCGUCUCGUCGGAAGGCACCCAGAUCGAGGGCAGCCACCAUGCCGAGAUCAUCGUCGCACCCGCCACCAACAGCUACCUCAACCAGAUGUUCUGGUGGCGCGACCAGGACACCGACGCCAUCGUCCCGGGCUUCGACAACACCGGCCUCACCUUCGGCACAGACGGACACCCCACCAACCUCGCAGGCUACGUCUUCCGCGGCUCGCUGCGAUACCGCGUCGACAGCUUCGCAUCGACGGACCCGAGCGCCAGCUGUUUCAUCGAGCAUCACGUUGUUGGUACUGUCCUGUUCAGGGAGAGGUUCUAUUCCAGUCAAGGGCGCACGGAAUGGAGGCAGGUGGGAUCCACGAAACAGGGCGACGGACCUUGGCUGGGCGGCGUCAGCAUCAUCGAGGUCAAGUGCCAGCCUGGCACCCAGACGGUGGUUUGGUUCGACGACGUUCGCGUCGACAUCAAGGCGCUGAUCAAGGACCCGAGCGAGGUGCCGACGCCCACGGACCCGACGCCGACGACGCCGACGGACCCCUCGACGCCCUCGGCGGUGACGACGGCCACGGCGAUGCCCGUGCCUGCCAUCACCAACGACAUCCUGGCCAACGGCGACUUCGAGGCCGAUGUCAACACGCCACAGAUGUGGUGGGAUGGUCCCAUGUCGAUCGUGGCCGAGGAGCCCAACCACUCGGGCUCCAAGCACCUGUCGCUGCGCUCCGAGAGCGAGCGCGCGGGCGUCCAGAACACGCUGCGCUUCGACGCCGUGCCGGGCGUGACCCAGUACCGCGUCGAGGCCUCGGCUUGGAUGCGCAUCAAGUCGUUUGGCGGCACCCCGGAGCGCGAGGGCGAGGACUUCUGCCGCUUCUUUGGCUACAUCCCCGACUCGGCCUUUUACGACAUCCGCCUGACGCAGAUGCCCGCUUCGGGCGCCGACGGCGUCGACGACUGGUUCCAGAUCGGAGGCACGUCGUACGUCGACCGCACCGACCAGGUCGACGUCAUCUUCAACGUCAUCUGCUCCCCCGGCCUGACGGCCGAGGUGCUGCUCGACGACGUCAAGGCCCAGGUGACGCCCAUCCUGCCGUCCAGCGAAGGCGGAGGCGGAGGCGGCGACCCGACGCCGACGCCGACGCCGACGCCGACGGCGCCGCAGCCGCAGCCGCUGACGGUCAAGGUGGCCAUGGACGUGCCGACCGUCGACAGCCCGAUGAACACCAACGGCGACUUUGAGGGCUCGGCCUGGUGGUACGGCGACGGCCUGUCGAUUGUCGAAGCGGCGCCCAACCGCUCGGGCAGCAAGCACCUCUCGCUGCGCAACGCCGACGGCCAGUCGCCCUCGGUGGCCACGGCGUUCCAAUACCCGGUCGUGGACGGCGUGUCGCACUACAAGACGCAGGCGUCGGCGUGGUACCGCAUCCAGUCGUACGGCAGCGACAACGCCGACCGCUCCGGGGACUGGUGCGAGUUUGAGCUCUACAGCAACGGCAUCCCACUCUACCACGUCCGAUGGACGGGCGAGUCGAUGCCCGACACCCCGGCCACGUCCGACUGGGUCCAGAUCGGCGGACAGGUCGACUACGACAUCAGCCUCACGUCGUUCGCCGGCGUCGGCCUCAACCUCUGGUGCGCCGCGGGUGUCACGGCCGAGGUGGCCGUCGACGACGUCGCCGUCCAGGCCGUGCCCUUCUAG